AUGAAGACCGAUUUCAAGUUCUCCAACCUCCUCGGCACCGUAUACAGCCGUGGGAAUGUCGUCUUCACACCAGAUGGGAACUCGCUUCUCUCGCCAGUCGGCAAUCGAGUAUCGGUGUUCAACCUGGUCAAGAACACAUCAUACACAUUACCAUUCGCACACCGCAAGAAUAUCACACACCUAGGCCUUACGGGCAAUGGACAAUUGCUCUUGUCAAUAGACGAGGAUGGCCGAGCCAUCUUGACACUCUUUCCCCGCCGCAUAUCGAUAUACCACUUCUCCUUCAAGGGUCCUGUCUCUGCCCUGGCAUUCUCACCUAAUGGUCGAUACUUUGUUGUCGGUGUCGGCAAACGAGUGCAAGCCUGGAGGACCCCGAACACACCUGGAGCGGAUGGAAAUGGAGAGCUGGAAUUUGCGCCUUUCAUCCUCCACAGAGAUCUCGGCGGCCACUUCGACGAAGUCAGACAUUUGAGCUGGUCCGGCGAUUCGAGAUUUUUCAUCAGCUCGUCAAGAGAUCUCACAGCUAGGCUAUGGAGUCUGAACCCAGAAGAAGGCUUCGAGCCAACAGUCCUAUCUGGCCACAGACAGCAAGUCCGUGCGGCAUGGUUCUCCUCCAACCAGGAACUCAUAUACACCGUUAGUGAAGAUGGCGCUCUCUUCAGAUGGGAGUUCACCACUCGGACCCCACGAAAUGGAGAAGAACAAGACACGAUCGAAGAAGGCGACGACGAAAGAUGGCGUAUAGUCAAAAAGGACUUCUUCAUGCAGAACGCAAGACUAAAGUGUGCUGCUUUUCACCCACGCACCAACCUCCUCACAGUCUGCUUCAACAACGGCCUCUUCUCCAUCUACGAGCUCCCGUCCUUUUCUAAUAUCCACUCCCUGUCCAUGGCCUCCUCACCCAUCUCCGCCGUCGCCAUCAACCCCACCGGCGAAUGGCUCGCCCUAGCCUCCUCCAAGACCGCCCAACUCCUCGUCUGGGAACACACCUCGGAAUCCAACAUCCUCAAACAAUCCUCCCACCUCGACAAUCCAACCACCCUCUCCUACUCCCCUGAUUCCUCCCGCAUAAUCACCGGCUCCGACGACGGCCUCAUCAAGAUCUGGGACACCUCCUCCGGCUUCCACAUCACCACCUUCACCGAACACACCUCUUCCGUCACCGCCUCCACCUACUCCUCCCGCGGCAACAUCCUCUUCACCGCCUCCCUCGACGGCUCCGUCCGCGCCUGGGACAUGCUCCGCUACCGCAACUUCCGCACCUUCACCGCCCCCACACGCCUGUCCUUCUCCUCUCUCGCCCUCGACCCCUCCGCCGAAGUCGUCUGCGCUGGCUCCCACGACUCCUUCGACAUCCACCUGUGGUCCGUCCAGACCGGCGCCCUCUUGGACCAGCUCUCCGGCCACGAAGGCCCCAUCUCCACCCUAGCCUUCACCCCCGACGGCCGCAGCCUAAUCUCCGGCUCCUGGGAUCGCACAAUCCGCAUCUGGUCCGUCUUUGACCGCUCCCAAACCUCCGAAGUCCUCCAACUCACCUCCGACAUCCUCUGCAUCGCCAUCUCCCCCAACUCGACCCAACUCGCCGCCUCAACCCUCGACGGCCAGCUCACAUUCUGGUCCCUGCAGAACUCAACCCAAGAAUCCGGCCUCGCCGCCCGUCGCGACGUGAGUGGCGGCCGCACCCUCACCUCCCGCCGCACCGCGGCUUCUUCUCCGGGCACGAAAUCAUUCACAACGAUAACCUACUCCGCCGACGGCUCGUGUCUGUUGGCGGCCGGGAACAGCAAAUACAUCUGCUUAUACUCCAUCAGCACCCUCACCCUGAUCAAAAAGUUCACGGUCAGCACGAAUCUCUCCCUCGACGGGACACAAGAAUUCCUUAAUAGUCGCGCGAUUCUCUCCAACGGUCUACCGGAGGGAAUGCUCGACUCGGAAGGCGAGGCCUCCGACCUCGAAGAUCGCAUCGAUCGUUCGCUGCCUGGCGCUAGCCGCGGCAAAGACGCUACGAGCCGCACCAUCAAACCUCAAGUCCGCGUCACGGCAGUGCAGUUCGCGAGCACGGGGCGCAGUUUUUGUGCGGCGAGUACGGAGGGCUUGUUGAUCUACUCGCUCGAUAGCGCUUCCGGCGCCGGAGAAGAAGACUUCGACCCCUUCGACCUAGACAUCGACACAACGCCCCAAAACAUCCUCGCCCUACUCGCCCGACAGCCAGAACCAGAAUACCUCCGCGCGCUGAUCAUGGCGUUUCGUCUGAGUGACGCGGGGCUGGUCCAAAAAUGCUACGAAGCAGUACCGUACACGUCCAUUCCCCUGAUCGUCCGCGCACUACCACGAGUAUACCUCUCGAAGUUGCUGCAGCUGAUCGCAGCGCAGAUGGAGAACACACCACAUCUCGAAUUCCACCUACGCUGGCUAACAGAGGUGAUCGGCGUGCACGGCGCGUGCAUCAAAGAGCGCAGAGCACAGUACGCCAGCGAAAUCAGGGCCGUCCUCAAAGGUGUCGAUGGGACGGGGAGGAUGGUCAGGAGUCUAAGCGAGCGGAACGGCUUCGAGGUGGGGUAUCUGCUGAGUCAGAGGGAAGCCAGCAAGAGGAAACAGGAGCAAGUAGUGAUGCAGCUGGAACCUAAUGGCGAGCAUGGUGGUAGUGAUGAGGCUAUGCUGGAGGAUGGUGAUGGUGAUGGCGAUGGGGAGUGGCAAGGACUAGACUAG